AAAUUUGUUUUGCUCACGGUGGAUGGCAGAUGUCGCUGGAUAAAUAUCAUGAUCGCCGCUCGCCAGACGUAAUGCGGGGCAUUGCAAAACCGUCUUCUUCAAAGGAGACGAAACUGCGUCACUAGACUGCAUUAUAGUAUAUUUUUUCCUUCUUUAUUUAUCAGCGUAUAGCUUAUCUGAGACAGAAAGCUAAUGCUAACCACAGCUAGCUUGCAGGCUAACAAAGCUGUCUUUUAGGAUGAAAUGCCGUUAGCCUUCGUGCCCAGCAGUUACGUGUUUCGAGCUUCAGUUCACACUAUAUAUUUACAGUAAUUGUCCGUUUUGCGCAACUGCGAGAGUUAAACCUGCAGCAUGGGUUAGCUAACGUGGCUGACUCUACUCUGAAAAUAACACCAACUCACUUAUUGGGAAUUGAUGCCCAUGGAGGUUUGAUGUUUUGGACGGACACUGUCACCGGCACCUCCCCCAGAAAGCCAUGCUAUGAUGGUGCUACGGCGGUUACUGAGAAAGCGCUGGGUGCUGGGAGUAGUCUUCGGACUGUCUCUCAUCUACUUUCUCACCAGCACGCUCAAACAGGAGGAGCGGACCAUACGGGACCGCACGCUCUUAGAGGUUAGAGAUUCAGACCAUCGCAUCCCCUGGAAAGUCCGUUUCAACCUGGGAAACAGCAGCCGACAGAUCACUCAGUGCAGAAACUCCAUCCAGGGCAAGACGCUGCUCACAGACGAACUCGGUUACGUCUGCGAGAGAAAAGACCUGCUGGUUAACGGCUGCUGUAAUGUGAAUGCUCCCAGCAGCAGACAGUACAUCUGCAAAAGUUGCCUCGCCAAUGGCUGCUGUAGCAUCUACGAGUAUUGCGUGUCUUGUUGCCUCCAGCCUGAUAAGCAACCUCUACUUGAGCGCUUCCUGAAUCGCGCCGCUGAGGGUUUCCAGAACCUCUUCACUGCUGUGGAGGAUCAUUUUGAGCUGUGCCUGGCCAAGUGCAGGACCUCCUCCCAAAGUGUCCAACAUGAAAACACCUACCGAAACCCUCAAGCAAAGUACUGCUACGGAGAGAGUCCUCCAGAGCUCCUUCCUGUAUGAACCUCUUGAGGUUAGGAUGUACAGGAGGGAAACCAGUAAAGCGUCCUUGUUUGGACACCUGGCAGCACUUGGAAAAUAAGAAACUCUCUGCAAAUGAACUGCUGUCUUGGAUAGUUUUGCGUUCAACAGUGUCAAGGAGAUGAAGACAUCCAAGACCAACCUCAAAAUGGACAAAUUCUCUAUGUGAUUUGAUUAUUUACACUUCAUAAGUGCAUAGAACGCUUCAUACAUUCAUCCGUGAUGAUCAUCAGGUCUACAUAGCAGGCAGCUCAUCCAUCAGAAUCCACUUCCAACCAGUUAAUUUCAUAAAAUCGGCUUCAUUUUAAAAGAAGGUAACCGCCGUUUCAUGUUCUGUUUAAUAUGUUAAAAAACAGCCAAGAAUGUGUCAUUUUUUUCUGUGUAUAGUGCAUGCAUAUGAAACUGGUAUUUAAUAAAAGUGACUGUGAAGUGGA